AUGCCUCACACCCGAGAUGCGGACAGCGCAUCGUCCGUGAGCGGCCAAUCAAAACGACCUCCGCUCAACCAUCAGGAGAGCGAUACCCAGAGCGAGAGCAGCGGUGCUCAGCACCAACACCACCAACAACAUCGCCGGCCCCAUCGGCAUCACCAGCGACAACACACUGUAGGCCAUCUGCAUCACGCCCGCGGUCCCGCCUCCAAAGUUGCUCCCAAGCAGCCGAAACUCAGUCGUCGCCAUACCGAUACCCCCGAUCAGAUCGAACAGCAGCAACUGCUUCAACGAAACAACUCAGGGUCCAAUUCCCACCGACGAGCUGCCAGCGACGCAAAACUAUCCUCUCGCGACUCUUCCUCCGGCAAUCUUCCAAAAAGUGUCUCCUUGACCAAGAAUUCUCCGCAAGCCAAACUCAAUAAGAGCGUUUCUCAUACAAAACUCGUCAAAAGCCCCUCACAUACAAAGAUCGUCAAGAGCCCGUCUCACUCCAAACUAAAGCGCAAUCAAUCACAUACAGAGGUUGGUAAGCGCACGCGAUCUGCUGAGCUUAAGCGCGCCUCCAGUACUACCAUCGUCUUUCAACCUCAACCCUCGGCCGGCAAGUCGCAGGUCCACUUUGAUUUGGGCAACGAGGAGGACGAAUGGGUUGAUGCUAGUGGCUCUAACUCGCCAUAUCUGUCCCGCAAGGGCUCUCUCAACAGCAGCAACCACUCUGUCCAUCAUCCCGACGACCGCCCUGGUGGUUCAAGACCGGUGACCCCCAGCGAUACUGCUGCUCCAAAGCAGGUAGAGCAAGAACAGGAAGAACCAGAGCAGCGAAGCUCGACAAGCCCGGAAGAAGAGACAACGCAUCGCAAGGAGUAUCUGACGUCGCGCAUACUAAAGCGCACCCCUUCUCACGGAGCUCCGCCCCAGAUGAGCGCAGACUUGGCACAGAUCUCCCCUCGGCGCUUUACUCCAGCUUCUGUUGAAGCCCUUGGAUCGGGGACUCUUGCGGGAAGUGCCCAGGAUGAAUUGACAUCUCGGUUUGUUGAGGCCGUUGGUUCCGGAUUGACUAGUGAGGGAUCCUUUUACCGACCACCUCGAGGAGAUCAUCACCGUUUCGAUCAUACUCCCAAGAACCGCUCAGUAACCAGUUUUUCCGGAGAUCGCGAAGAGCGCCGGGAAGCACCAACUAGUGCGCCAAAGCAAGAGGUUGAUGAGAGCGCGUUAGCCCCCAAGACGGCCCGGCAGACAGCUCCGCCUCCUGCUCAAACAUCACGGACGCAGCAGAAGUUGAACUUGCAGCGAGCCAGCUCUGUCAUCGAACCUGGGCAAGCUGUUGGCGGCGUUGGUGGUGUAGUCGGCCACACUCCGCUCAUCGGCGUUGGCGGUCCCGGUUACGAUGGAGGUAACAGUCGGGAUCCGCGUGUCAGCAAGCUCUUGGAGCGUACAGGCAUGGAGUAUCUCGUCGUACGACGGCACCAGAACCCGGUAGCCCGUUCCGUUGAACGCCUCAACCACCUCCCCGGAGUAGAGAAGUCAUUGCGCAUUCCGCGCUAUAACACCGUGUCUGCAAACGGCAAGCGAUCCAUGGAUCUCACUAUGCGCCAGCACACUCGCAACGUCAGCAUGCCCGAUGCUCGACGGCCCCCUACACCCAAGCGCCCCACCUCCGUGCGGACCAACGGUGCGGCAUCAAGUUACGAGGGCAACGACGACGACGGAAGAUUGACAGACCGACUGAGCGGAUCGAGCCUUGUCGGUGGUGAAGAGGAAGAUGGCACGACAGCCCUGCUCCGGAACCUGUGGGAGAAGUCGAUGGAACUGAGUGCCAGCACCGAUUAA